UUAAUGACGCCUUCCUAGCUGGAACAAACCAUUAUUGUGUACAGUCAUAUAUAUUACAAAAUUUUUAAACAAAUUUAAUUUGUACCUGAAAGGUCAGCUGCCGAAGUUUGUACAUUUUUCACUCUCUGUUGCUGUUUUGCCUUAUCUCUUCUUUCUCGUUCUUGCAUAUCUCUAUCCCUCUGUAACCUUUCUUCUUCUAUUUUCAUUCUAUCUACUAAAUUUGGUGACAUGACUAAUGGUGACUGUAAAUGAUGAAGUCCAUACAGAGCUGAAGGAUGAGGGCCACUAUGAGGAUGAUAUGGAGAGGGAGGAAAUAAAGGUACUCCACAUCUUUCAAGAUACAUUUGUUCUUCGAGUCUAAUACAAAAUAAUAUAAAAAGAUAAUUUUAAUAAGUAUUUAUAGUAGGGACAUUUUAUAAUAAACAAUAAAAAUUACCUAAAAGCAUGUUGAAAAUGAGGAGAAUAAAGAUUAGCGGGAUGGUAUGGUGAAUAUGUGGCAGGAUCAACCGCAAAAUGAGAAGGAGCAGUUGAUACUGAGGUAGGCACUAAAGUUCUUUGUUCAUCAGGCUUAUAUGGUUGAAAUCCACUGCGAGGCUCAGUAUUUAAACCAGUUGAUUUAAAUUCCUUGUAAUAAGAACAAAUAAGGUUAAAAAAAAUGUCUUAAUUUUCUUCUGAUCAUGAAAAAAUAAAUGUAUGCACUCAACUGCUAAUGCGUGGCAAAUUAGAUAAUUAUAUAAUAACAAAGAGAAAUUAUUAUUGGAUAAUUUAAUUUUAGUGAAAAAUAAAGUCAUUUUUUUACUCAAUAGUUAUAACAUAUACAACUUACAUUAUCUGGUUGUGAUUUAUUACAAGUUGGAAGUGUGAUUCGACUUUUUAAUGAUUCUUGAUGUCUAUCUUGGGAUUCAAUUACUUCUUUAUCUGGUUUUUAAAAUAAAAUAAAAUUAUGUAAUCAAUUUUUUUCUUCAACUUAAUAUAUAACAUCUUACCAUUAGAGUGAGUAGAAGGAGGCCCUGCUUGUUUGGCUAAAUUCCUAAGUGCAGCAGCAAAUGAUCGACCACCGGGAGAUGGUGGAGGUGGAGCUUGACCAAUAAGGUUUGGCAUUAAAGUACGUUUCGAACCUGAACUUGUUGGUUGAGGUUUAACUAAACCUGAAAUAAAAAUUCUUGUAACAAUUUAUUUUAUUUUACAGAGCACAGCUAAUCUUAUAAUUUAAAAUAAAACACUCAAUUAACAUAAUAUACGGAUUCUCAUCUAACAAUACCCCCCACCAAAAAAGAAAAAUUAGUAAAGACCAAAAGUUAUUAACCGCAUAACCAAUCAUCUCCGAUAAUAAUUUUCCACAAAAUUCUGGCCUAAUUAUAUUGACCAACACUAGAUUAUAAAAAUACCAAUUUAAAUCUGAAGUAAUUUUAAUUGACAAUAUUAUAAAGUUAUUUGCAAGUAAAAUAUCAUAGUUUCAAUUUAUUGAAUGUAUUUCAUAUUUUUUUGUCAAAUUACACCAAUACACUGAGUAGUAAAUCGUUCUAACAAUGUAGAUUUCCAGCUUGUGCAGGAUAAAGUAAAAUAAGUACAUGUCAUGUUUAUUUUUUUUUUGAAAGAAUCCAACAAAAAUUAAUGAAGAUUAUCUUGUAUUUUUCACAUGGGAUACAAUUUAAAGUAAACCUAGUUGAAAAUUAGAGAAAUCGUUAUUGCGUAAUUUUUCUGAAUUAUUAAGAAGUCUACAAAAAAAAAUCACAAAUGAUGUCCCUAUUGUAGCAAUUAAACAAAAUUUUAUUUUAAAAAAGAUGAUGAUCGGAGCAAGAUUUGUAGAAAAGCACAACAAAAAAAUGUUUAAAAUGAAUACAUUUCUCGUUGCGUUCAGAAUGUAAAAGUUCAUUAUACAAAUUUAGGUUUUUGUCGAAAUUAAAGCUCAACAUUGUCUUUGUAUACGUAAUUUGUAGAAACAAUCAGAAUCACAAUUGAAUAUUUAUUUAACCGAUUUACUACGUUAUUAUGUAGGAUAUUUUUUUAUUUUUAUUUUUUGUCAAAUAUUUGCUAUUACAAUAAAUUUAGCCACAGCGCAGGAAUAAAAAAAAAAAAAAAAAAAAAAAAAAAAAAAAAAAAAAAAACAUUACACAAAAUCAAAGACAUUCUAGAGUGGUAGGAAGCCGGUGGGUACUAAAAGAAUAGAAAAGUAAUCUAUAUAGGUGCACAUGACUGCAUGAGUCAUAAAAUAGUACUAAAUUCAGACACCCUCUUUGCAUUCUAUAUACAUAUAUAUAUAGAAUUAUAGAAGAAGGGACGAUUAUCACACACUUUGAGGGUGAUACGGUUGUUUACGUUCGGCUCGGCAACAUCUGGGUUUUACUUACCGCCCCCUUCGCCGCUUUACGUACGAGUGUGUAAAUGAGGCCGACUUCCUGACACAACACGCGUCAGAACGUCAUAAUAUUCGUUAUUACCAUGAUUCGUAAUAAUAUUGUUAUCGGAACGGACGAAAGGCAUUACAACCAUAAUAAUAAUCGACUUUUUUAACCCGCGAUUCAAACGGCAUUUUCAAGCGGUUUGUGCGAAACGAAAAUUGCAAUUAAUUUAGAGAAUUUCGUACACGCAGGUGUAGGUACCCAUUAUUUUUCAAUAAUAUUAAAUCACUAGGUAGGUAAUACAAAUACUAACCAAUAUUGUUAAACAUACAAUUAGUAGCGAAAUAAAAUACAAACACGACAAUAUAAAAAAUUACCUUGGUAGUAAAUCAUAUCGUUCACGAUACCAUGCGAUUGAGACACGGUCUCGGAUUCUCUGUAUCCGGCCACGGGCAUACUAAUAUUAUUAUGGACAUUGUGAUGAUUAUUAUGACGUUGUUGGUCCGAAGGGUCUCCGCUCGUAUCGGGAUUAUAAAGCAUUGUUUGUUUUUGUAUAUUAUAUAAAAAUUCGUUUACAAAUUUAACGGGUCUGAACGAGUUGGAUGAAAAACAUUAAGUCGUAAUGCUACAAAAUUAUUUAUAAAAUAAAAACGAUGAUGCUACAAGCAUACGCAUGCACACGUGUUGUCGCGCUGCAAGUAAUGCGUUAACUGACGAUGCAUACAGACUAUCGACGCAUUCAACGAUGAAAAUAGUAUUAGGUAUAGCGGUGUGGAGCGAACAAACGCACGAGAAAAAAAAAACAAUACGGGUUGACAUAGGGGAUGAAUACCCAGUGAACGCACAGAGGCACAGAUGUUUCUGAAACCAAGCGAAAAAGGGGGACACAGUACAAAAGCCAAUAAACGUGAAUUAUUUUGAAAAUACCUAUACGUAUUGAUAGGCACCGUGUCUGUAAUAUUUUUGUAAAUAUAACGAGUAUUAUUGUAACUUUUUUUCGAUUAUGAACAACUCUUUUUAAGUUUUUCUUUUUCAUUGUCUAAGGAUAAUAUUAUGAUCCGAUAAAAGAACAAUAUAUAAAACAAAAUUAGCCAUUAAAUUUGAAAUAAAAAUGUUUAGAAUACAAUACCAAAUUAAUCAUAGAAAUUGAAUAGUUAUACAAUUAUUAUUAUUGUAAAAUUGGCAUUUAGCAUUUAUAAAGUAUAGGAAAAAGGUACUUUUGAAUUUCGAAAUAAAUCUUAAGCAAGGGACAAACUUUUGAAUUACAAUAUUAUACAUCUUAUGAACCAAAAUGAUUAAUUUCUCAGUUUAUACAAAUUUAUAUUUUAUCUAGGAAUAAAGACUAUAAUAUAAUAUAUAUAUUUUUUGAAACCAAAAAUGGCGUGGAUAACACUGGAAGUCACAGUGAACAAAUGGACAAAACAGGUCAGAUUAGGUUAGGUUAGUAUAAUACUAUAUAAUAAUAUUGUAGAAGCCUAAAAAACAGUUGAAAUAUUCAGUAACCUUAUAUCCCUUCAAAAUAUUCAUUACAUAUUUUCUAAACCAUGGGUGUCCCGCAUACAAAAAAAAAGGGAUAUUAUAAAACUGGAUAAACUUGAAUUCAAAUAAUAUAAUGUGAUCACCUUUGAAGGUUAAAGGCUGUAACUGGACAGUGGUCAACCGAUUAUUAUUAACCAGUUUUUGGGGAUAGAAAAUUGAAAUUUACAUAGUAUAAUAUUUAUACCAAGACCGAAUAGUUAUAUAUCUAUCUAAACAUGCAAUUUUUAUUAUAGAUUUAUAGAAUAUUUAAACAUUUAAAAUGUAUAAAACUAAAAUGACAAAAAAUUGUAUUUAAUGUAGUCAGUCUUUAAUUAAAUAUACUAAAUUUAGUAUUAUUGAUUUUUUUUUUUUUUUUUUAAAAAACCAACUAAACUGAAAUCAAGCAUAAAAGUGGUAUAUACCUAAGGAUUUUAUAGAAACAUCAUGAAUUUUAAUUUAUAUCAAAUAGUAGAAAAUACAAAUACCCUCGAUAAUUAACCAUGAUAAAUUAUUAAUAAUAACAAAUAAUUUAUGUUCAUAACAAACAAAGUGAUGAAUUAAAUAACUAAUAAGGAAUAAAUCAAUAUAAAGAUAUAUACCAAUGAUAUAAAUCAAAUUUAUAAUUAAAUGUAUGUAUAUAGAGUUCAUAUAUAUGUCUACGUAUUAAAUUUAUUAGAAUAAGUUUUCUCUUAUUAAUUUCUUUAAAUUGCAUACUGUAAAUAACAGUGUUUAUAAAUGUAAAUGCAUAAAAUUAACAAUAUUAAUGAUAUUAUAAUUUACUGUAUUGUGGGUAAUAAAAACAAGUCAGUAUUUUAUUAUAACAUUACAUUUGAAAUUAAGGUUCAUAGAAUUUGAAAAAUAAUUGUAAAUAAAUCUCAAAAUUAAGAUGUAAACACUUUGUUAAAUUUGUUUACACUAUUUUAUCAAUAUGAUGACCUAAAAAAAGGUCAUCAUAUUGAGAUAUUUUGAAAAAGUAGUAUCUCAAAUUUUAAGUACCAUCAACUGUUUGAUUACCUAUUUAAAAUGUUGCUUAUAGAAACAAAAAACAUAUCAUAAUAAAACCAGCAAACACAUUCCUUACUUCACUCAGAAUCUAAAAAACAUAGAACAACUAACAACCCAUUUCAAUUACUAAAAUUAGUAAAGGAUAUAAUGAAGACAACCAAUUUUUAUAAGAAUAUGACAUGUAUUCUUGUGUGACAGAGUAGAGUACAGAAAAAUACCAGAUUUUAUCAGUUAUUUAUUUAUUAGUUUAGUUUUUAUCUAAGAAUUAGAUUUGUAUUAGUUAAUUAACAAUAAGUUAUUUAUCAGUUGUAUAAAAUAUAUUUUUGCCAUUAUUAUGUUUGCCAAUAACAAUUACAGUGGUUUGCAUCAUUCUAAGUCACUAUAUUUUGAAGGUGAUAUGAAACUUUUUAUGCUAAUAGGUUUUUUAGACUAUUAUUAUUAACAUUCGCAAAAGUAUAGUACAUUUCUAAAUGAUAUUCAUUAAAUCUCAAUCUUAUGUCUGUUGAUAAUACAGGGUAUCCUAUGAAAAUCUAACAAAAGCAAUAACUUUUUUUAUAUUCAAUAUUUUAUUUUUAACUUUUAGAAAUAAUUAAGUACUAAAGCUAUGAUUACUAUAUUUUAUACUUUUUAAAAUUUAAAAUUAAAAUUAUUUAAUUAAAUUGUUUUUAUAAAAUCAAGGUAACCAUUUUACAAAUAUAUUUUUAAAUAGAAUUUUGUGGUUUAAGAUAAUUACUUAUGAUACAUCAUUAGUAAAUACAUUUUUUUAUUUUUAGAUUUAAAAAAUAUAAAAUAAUGUAAUCAUAGUUCAAAGUUUUAGUUAUUAUUAAAUACAAUUUUUUUUUUAUUUGUAAUAUUCAACUGUACAAAAAUUAAUGCAUUUGUCGAAUCUUUAUUGGACACCUUGUAAAAUAAUAUAUAUGUACCUAAUUUUAGUUUAUUCAUUAAAUUAAGUUUAUAAAAUCUAUUCAUUUAGAUAAUUGUGUACAAAUGAUGUUUAGAUAGCCUUAUAGAUAUUACAAUUUAAAAUGAGAUUAGCUAAUGCAUAUUUAAUAUAACAGUAAAGUUUGUAUAUUAUAAUACGAGUGAUUCUUGAAGAUGCUUCAAGAUACUUCCAUGCUUGAAGAAACAAGUAGAAAUAUAUAUAACACAGUAAUUACUAAUCUAUAAAGCAAUAUUUUAUUCUACAUCAGAAGUACACUCAUACUUAAUAGUUUUCUGUAGUUUAGAAUUUAAAUGUUUACAUUUAAAUUGUGACAACAUUCUGUGAUAAUCGAUAUAUUUUAUUACAUAAGUAUAGAAAAUAGAUUUAGGAAAUUUUAUUUUUUCUCAUUAGAAAACAACCUAUACAAAAUAAUAUACAUGUGUUAUACCAACAGAUAGAUUAAACCAAUUUUCUUUCACUAAUUAUUGAAGAUAAUAUAACUAUAAACAUACCUGAAUCUAUUUUGGAGUUGUAUUGAUUUGAAUUUAACAUAGAACGCUUUGUACUAUCAACAGUUUGUUGUUGUUUUAUAUUUUUUCGUUGCACUUUAUUUGCCUGGUUAACCUAAAGAAAAUAUUGAAAAUGUUAAUGACAUCUGGAUUAUGGAUUAGUAAAUACAAAAUACUCUAAUAAACAAUAUGUAAUUAUAACAUUAUGAAUACAUUUCAAUUUAAUAAUUAACAAACAUGUUUAGAUUUUUUAGAACAAUUUUGAAUCAAAUUGAGUUUUGAAAAAUAACUGAAAUUUAAACAACUAAAAAUUGAAUUUAUUUGUCAAUUAAUAAGUUAUCUAACAUUGCUAAUUUUAUAUAAAUUUAGAUUAUAGUCACCUAUGGAAAGAUUUAUUUAGAUUGUAAAGUUGAAAAAUAGAUUAAACUAAUAAAAACCAAGUAAAUUUUUUUUCAACAAAGUUUUUUUUAGACUAACUAAGUAAUUUAGAUUCUUUAUUGUACAAAAUAUUAGGUACAUAAAGAAAUAUUAGAAAUAAAUAGAUUUAUUUUUUAUUUUGGAAAUACUUGAAAAUUUGGUUAACUUAACUUUAAUAAUUUCAGCAUUUGUUGAAAAUGUACAGAAGUAUACAUUUUAAACAAAAUAUGAUUGCAUCUAUCAGAUCUUUAUUAAAGUUGGAUUUCAUAUAAAAAUAUCUAAGUAUCUAUCAUAAAAUAUUAAAUAAUUUUCAUAAUUUCACAGACAUUCUACACAUAUUAAGAUUAAACUUUUAAAUUUUCUUUGAGUUAUCAUCAGUUUAUUUUCAAACAAAAUAAUCUGUUGGUUUGUUUUCUAACGUCAAAUGUUUUGUAGAAAGGUAUUGUUUCAAUAAAGACAGUAAUAUACUUUGGUUUGUAAGAAUUUAAAAGCAAAUAACACAUUGAGGCCAAGGCUAAUUGCUUAAAUCUAUAAUCAUAAAUCCAAUACUAAUGUACUCAGGGUGAUAUUCCUUUACAAAUUUUCUAAUUACUUCUGGAGUUAUGCUUUCCAAUUUUAAUGUAGAAAUACUGAACAGUUUUCAGAUUUGUUGUAUAAUGCUCUAUUUAGCAACUUACCAACAUUGAUUCAUGUAAUGUAAAGUAAGGUAAAUAUUUAAAUAUAUACACAUAAUUAUUUAAGUUGACUAGCGUGAAUUAACUAACGGCCAAAAAGAAAAUAUUUAGUACUGCUACAAAAUAAUCAGAAAUUAUCUACGUAUGUGCCGAUGAUUGUGGAUUAUUAAAGUAUUUCCCAUGAUAAUAAUGUACUUUGUAAAUUGUAAUUACUAUACAAACAUUUCAAAUACAAAUAAAAAAAAUUAUUUAUUAUUUUCCUACUUUCUACCUACACGUUCUACGCGUACCACAGUUUGAGAACCACUGGUAUAUAUAAAACGGUUCUGAACUAAAUAUUUUAUAUCACAAGAUGAUAUCAGAGACAGGGAAUUAUAUCAUUCAAAAUAUUAUGUAUUACAUUAAAAAAAAUUUGAAAAUAAAUAAUUUCCCAACAAUGUUUUAUGUGCUAUAAUUUUUAAAGUUACUCAAAAAAUAGGUUUAAAUAAUUAAAAACCGUGGUUAGUGUUAUUACCUGUGUUUUAUCAACUGUCAUAUUUUGUGGUACCCGUUGAUUAUACCCAUCUUCUUGUUUAACCAUUUUAACUGUAUUAGUAUUUUGAAGGCUUUGUUUGUCUAAUGGCAUACCAAAUCGUUCAUACUCAAUAGCUUGAAUAUGAAUAGUUUCGUAACAUUCGACACAAACAACAGCAAACUCUCCAUUUUCUAAUAAUAAGGCUUGAUCUAUUUGACGAUGAUAACGAAGAAAAGGAUAGUCCUAAAAUUAAAAUUAUUAUUUUGUCAAACAAAAAUUGUAAUGCAUUAUAUAAAAAAAAUAGUUUGAGGUAAAUUUUUAGAAAUGCAACAAAAAAGUAAGUAUCAAAAAUGUAAAAUAAAGCAUUGAUUACUAAAGAUAAUUUUAUAAAUCAAAACUGGCCAAAAUUACAAACAACUUAUUAUAAUACUCCAGUAUUAGUGAAGUUUAUUUCUGCAUAUUUUAUUGUUGUAAUAUUAUAUAAUAAAAUUGCAUGUAUAAUUACAUUUACUGCAAGGGAUCGAAUAAAUCGACGUCCAGUUCGCUGUGUGCAAACAUAACACACAUAUUCUUUAUGAUUAUAACUCCUUUCGUGCUGCGGAAUAGCUAUAGAACUUGAUUCAUAAUCUCGCCACUGUGCAACAUAAGCAUGGUAACAAAAUGUACACACUAAUGCAGAUCCGUCUUCGCGUAAUUGCUCUGCGCCCAAUGUGGUUUCAUGUUUUAAAAGAUAUGGGAAAUAUGGUGCAUUUCGGCCCUAAAAAUAUAUCAUACAAUAAAAUUAAUAUAUUACACUAGCCGCUUAUUUGUAUAGAAUUUUAUAGCAACAGGAUAUAUGAAAAGAAAAUUACUUGUGGACGGCUGUAUAAAACUCUUGCAUAAGUAAGAUCUGAAUGGUAAUUGCACAAGAAACAAUAUAUUGACGAAAUAUCAUUUCGACUAGAUAUUUGUUGCGUAUUAUAACCGUUCACAUUUAAACUAGGAACGUUAUACCUAAAACAAGUUAUAAAUAAUAUUAAAAACACGUUUGAAAAAAUGAAUAAAAAGUUAGAUCAUUCUACCUUCUGUGUUCUAAAGGGACCCUGGUGGCUUCCAUCGAAUCCCAUUGAACAGAUAGCAUUUGAACACAAUUAGAACAGGCUAAAAUUCUACCUUGGGAUUCAACACAAUAAUUUUCCGCUGAUCUAAAUAUACAAAAUAACAUAAAAAUUAAUUUAUUAAAAUCCAUCAAUUAUUUAUUUCUUUAGUCCUAAGGAAGAAAAAGGGUUUAAGGGUACAUUUUUUUCUUUUAUAUUUCAGUAUAAAUUGGAUAAGUGUAUGUAUUUUCAAAAUUUAAUUUGUUUAUAUUGAAAACUAUACAAGAUUGACUUAAUUCCUUCUUUCCUGGGAUCAAAGUUUUAAUUUAUAUAUUCUUUAAUUAUUUUAUUUUUAAAAAUACAAAUUAUGUAUAUUAAAAAUGGAUAAAUUUUGUAUAAAAAGAAUAGAUGAGAUAUUAGAAAUUUUUUUAUGAUUCAGUAGUUAAAAUGGCUACGAUAAUUUGAUCAUGUCUAUCUGUGUCACUGAAUAAUUCACUAAGUGAUACUCCACUAUCUACUUGUUGAUUUUUAUGAAAUUCAACAGAAAAAUAUCCUAUAUGAACUACAAUACAAAUAUGUAGUCAUAAACCUUACUAAAAUAAUGUAUGGCUAAUUUUCUAUGCAUAAAACCAAAGGAUAUAAAUGUUACUUUCCAGACAUUCUACCGUGUAAAGUAUUAUUGAAAUGAUGUUUAAAAAUACAAUACCAUUUUAAAUGAUUUAAUAUAAAUAUUUUGCGAAAAUUAAACUUUUAAGUCGAUAUUUACUAUGAUUGUUACCAAAGUAUUUUUAAGCAUUUUUUUUUUUAUUUAUUAUUUUUUUUUUUUUUAUAAGCUCAAAUUACACCACUUUUGAGUUUAAAAAGUAAUUUCAUUACAAACAAAAUCAUUAUUUUUUUUUUAAAUUAUGUUGUCCUGGAACUAAACACUUGCUUAGUAGUAGAAAAGCAUUUUAAAAUAAAUUAUUUAUACACAUAGAAUUCAAAUUUUAAUAUAAAUUAAUUUUAAUUUUACCUUGAUAACUGUUUUAAACAAGGAAAAUGCAUAGCAUGUGAAUUCAUGCCUUCUGCAUUUGUACAUAACCAUUCUAGUUGUGAACGAUGCUGCAUUUCAUAGCAAACAUAACAUCGAAAGUUGUUCCCACUCAAGAUACGAACAGAUCCACCAUUACCAGAUACAUCAGCGCUAACCUAUAUCAAUAAGAUUGUAUUAUUAUAAUUUUUAAGUUAAUAAUGGAAAAUAUAAACUAACAGUAAGAGUACUGCGAUGUGCUUCAGAUGGUGUUGGCGUUUGUGAUUUAUUUGGUUUAGAUAUAUCAUAAGGUCGAAAACGAAUAUCUGGUGAUUUAAUUGAUUGUAGUGAUGGAGAAGGUGAUGGAACAACUGGCAAAUCCAUUAACAUAGUAACUUGAUGUUUUUGAGGUACAGAUUUAAAACAAACUGCACAAACCUAAACAUUUAUUUAUAGUCAGUAAAUUCAAAUAGAAUAUUAAAUUUCAUACGUCAGAUACAUACUUGUACAGUGCCUUGUGUAGAUAUAGGAAGAGCACCAGGUGGAGUUUUAAUUUUUGUUAAUGAUGGAUAAUAUGGUUCACGAAUAUUAUUUGGAUAACAAUAUAAUGUCCUUUAAAUAAAAAUGUGUAAUAGUAAUUAUUAAUUUGCAAUAAAUACUUAAUAAUCAAUACAAAUUGAAGUAAUUAAUUAAACUGUUCAAUGUAAUUUGACAUAGUAUUUUACUCACCGCAUUGAGGAUGAAGGAUAUUCAAGUGAACAAGUGAAACAAAUAAAUGUAGAAGUAUCUAUAGAUGGAAUUAAUCGUUUACGCAGGAUAUAAUUCCUUUCUCCAUGUGGAAUGCCUUUUGACGUGUAAACCUAAUAAAAAUAUUGUACUAAAUGUUUGUAUAUAAAACUAGAAAAUUUAAAUGUAAUAUUAAACUCAAUGAAAAUAAGAAAAAAAAACCGUAAAACAAAACCAUAGAAGAAGUAUCUUACCUGCCACUGAUUUAAAAGAUGAGCAUGGCAAGCAGAACAUGUUUGUACACGCCCUGUACUAUCCAUAGGCCUAGAACGGGGUGGCCUAGGAUGAAGCAUAAGGCUAGGGAAAAAUGGUUGAUCGGUUUGAUUAAUAGCAGCUGGUGGCUUCGCUGACACAUGAGACAAAGAACCCCGUCUGAAUUCUUCGCCACAUACAUAGCAUACUUCAGUUGAAGAAUUUUUAUCAGGCAUUGACAAAUCUAAAAUAUCUGUACCACUACUACUACUGUAACUUCCUAAAACCAAAAAGGAAACAAGCUUUAAAUUAAAAUUAAAAUAUAAAAACCAUAUAAUAAAUAUUAUUUAAACUAAAUUACCUGGAUUAGAAUGAGGUGUACUCGUAUUAAUUGGAUUUGAACCAUUUUGUUGUGCUAUGUGAUCGGAUGAUGUUGAAAUUGAUGUAAGGGGAAUUCUGGCACCUCGACUAUCUUCUCCGGUAAUUUGAGACAUUGCAGAAGACAUAAUUGUAUCUUUAUGACUAUAUUAAUAAAACAAAUAUUUUUGAUAAUUUUUAUCACAACUAUUAUUAUUGUUUAAUAUAAUAUGUAUAAAAACCUAUUGGUAUAGUCGACACUGAGCCCCAAUAGUUGACAUGCAUAUUCUCCUUGUGUAGAAAUAUCAGCCCCAGUAAAUGGGCCAUUAUCACAGCGUUUUAACCAGUAGAUCCGUUGUCUGGUUGGCACAUUUUCUCUUUCAUAUCGAUCCCAUUGACCAAUUAGUAUCGAGUAACAUAAAUAACAACUUGUUACCUAAAAAAAAAUUCAAUUUUAAAAUACAUAAAUCAUACUACCAAAGUAAUAUUAUUAAUAUUUAAAAGCAUAAUUUUUUUAUUUAUAAUCUAGAACUUAUACAAUCUAUACAUAACAAAAGUACAAUAAACAUAAUGGAUGUAAAAGCAUAAUUUAAUUUGAAGUUAAUUGACUAUGUUUAUUUAAGUGGAAAUGAUACAAUAUAAUCAAUAUAUACUUUUAUAAAUAACAUUAAGUUUUCACUAUAUUUUUUUUUCAAAUAACAUAAUUUGUUUUAAUCUAACAAAAAUAUAUAUAUACCUAUAUAUUAUAAAUAACAGUGUCUUAUUUUCAAUAACUAGUAUUAUGCAUAAUAACACUUUUUACACAAUAAUAUUAUACUAAUAUGGAUUUAAAUGAUAUUGAAAAAAAUAAUAAUAAUUAUAAUUAUAAUUAGGUAUAAGAAGUACCUAUUAUUUAUUCAAAAAUUAGACCAAUAUAAAUAAUUUCUAUUCUAUCAAUAUUUUUAAAUUAUUUAUAAAAAAUAGGUUGAAUGUAUAAACAAAAUGGCCCAAUUUUUUUAAAUAUAUUAUUAUUUUUGGUAGCCUUCAAUUUUCUAUUUUAAUCAAAGUGAAUAUGUGUAAAAUAAACUCUAUAAAUAUGUGAUCUCUAUAUUUUAUUUGAAAUAUAACAUCUUUAAUGUUUAAUACUGAUAAUUCUUAUAAGCCACCUAUGGUACAAUUUUAGAGCAUAUAUACACUCUAAAAAAUAACAAUAGAAUAAAUUAGUCUAUAUAAAAAAUCUAAAAUAGAAAACUAAAUUAUAAUGCAGGUACCCAUAGCAAAACAUUGUUAAUGAACUUUCUAGUUUCUACCUAUUUUUAACUAAUAUGUAUCUUAUUGAGAUAAUGUUUUUUGGAUAUCAUACUUUGCUUUGUCCAAGUUAUUUUAUUCUGAAAGUUGUAAAGCAUAGAUUUCCUGGACAAGUAAAUUUAUUUGAUUUAAACGAGUGGCUUACAGACAUGAGAUCAUUAUAUUCAUGUUCAUGUUAUAACUACUUAAAUAAACUAAAAUCUAAAAUAUGAUAAUCCAGUUGAUUAUUUAAAUUGAAUAAAGAAUAGGUUUAAUCUUAUUUAACUAUUUAUUAUUUAAUAUUAAUUUCAAAACUAUCAGAAUUUCACACUUAAUAAUAUAUAUUGAAUUAACAUUUUUAAUAAUAGCUUGGCAUAUUUUUCAUUAUAAACUAAUAUUUAGAGCUGUAAGCAAAUUAUAUCAGUAUCUCUAAUUUUUAUUUUUUGCUAUUAAAAUUGAGCAAGUAACUAUGUUAUAAAUGUACACAUACCGCACUAUCCUGCUUGGCGUUUAGUGGUUGUCUAUAACCUUGUGGCGUUUCGUGCAUCUCCAAAAAUGGAAAAUGUGGUGUGCCAUCUGAUGGACCAGUAGACGGUGGUCUUACACGUAACCAAUACUGUUCAGGGUGUCCAGAAUUUCCACAAACAAAGCAUACAUUAUGUAUUACACUAGUCUCUUGUUUUAGGUACAUGCCAUCAUCGGUACGAGUUUCUUGUGCCAUCACACUACUACAACAUGUAAUGCGAUUAUUAAUAUACAGUAACAUUAGUACAAAUUUUGAUCAAUUUCAUAUAGACUGGUAAGCCUAGAAAUUACCCUAUGUACCUAUUUAAAUAGGAAAAUUCGGAUUGAAAUCAAAAUAUGAAAAUAUUAUAGUUAUUGGCAGAUGUUACCAGCUGAUGUGUGGCACUUACAUUUUCUCACUGGUACACACACACAGCUGUGGCCAUACAUAUAAGGAAAAAUAGGGCGUACACUUUUAGACACAGUAUACACGGUAAAAUAAUUAUCAAGUGGUGUCAUUCUAUAAUGAUAUCAUCUAGAAACUAUAAUACAUUAUUGAAUAAAAGUGUUUAAUACAAAGACGACGAGUACUUACGUGUGAAAGUGUGAUGCACAGAAUUCAAAGGGACUUCUUUCGUAAUCCGGUUAUCAUUCGAUCGUCGACUAUGGUUAUUAUCACGACGUCGAAGGGAUAUAUUUUAUCGUAAUUUGUAUUCAUAUCCAUAGUUUAACCGGAUUCGUUGAUAUUGUGGAUCGGAAAACGAUCAUAAUUCGAUCAUUAUGUCGCAACCUUUGAGUAAAUGACAACUCGCUUUUACCAUACAAAGUGUUUUUUAAAUACGAGGCUGAUAGAAAAAAUAAAAAAUACAAACUUUUUUCCUCCAUGAGCUAUCACUUUUUUCAU